AUGCUUCUGUGGAUAACCUUUUCUUCAUCACUUGCAACAGACUGCUCCAAAUCUGCAACCUUCUGGGAUCGAAAAUACAUCCUAACUGAAAAUUACCUGAACUGGACACAAGCAAGUACUUACUGUAAAACAGUGUAUAGCAGUUUGUUCAGUACCAGAAGUUCUAAUGACCAAGAUGAUGCAAGGCAAUUUCUGCUAACCACAUAUGGUGGUCGUGUAUGGAUUGGAUUGUUUCAGAUUGCUAAUGCUCCAGACUGGAUGUGGUCAGACAAUGUCACCUCUGACAUAAUGUAUUGGGAUUCAGAUUUGCCGACCAGUACACAUAAUCAGGAAAUGUGUGUGGAAAUGCACCUGAAAAGUGAUCAAUAUGUCUGGAGUUAUAUGGACUGCUCGACACUACUAUAUUUUCUCUGCUAUCAAGCUAUACCACCAUAUACAACGACUACAUCACAGGGUACAGGUUUGAGCCCUAAAACAACUGGACCAACUGAUAAAAUGUAUAGAACACGGGUUUACUUAUUCAUGAAUGUUUCUACAGAUGGUGACAUUGAUGUGCUGGCCACCAAAGAUGCAUUUAUAGCAAAGUUACAAGAAAUGUUGAGCAAACAACUCAAGACAAAACGUCUGCUGAUCAGUGAAAAUGGGAUUUGGAAAAACUGAAAGUAUCAGCAACAACAAUAAAAUAGAAAUGGCUUGUAUUAUUGGCAGGGAAUGUUAUACCUACAAUACCUACAGUUUUUUCUUCAAAUAUAUGAGUGACAGUUGUCAGUUAAGCAAAGUAAUUUGAGCUUUGGCUGACUCCUUUAUUGAAUAUUCCCAUUGAGGCCAAACAUGCAUGUUAUGAACUGGGAAAAAGAUAUUCCCUAAACUCUUUCAACACCUACAGAAGCUUUAUACUUUGUAUCAGUAGGGACUGAAAAUGCAUUUGGGCACUUGAAACUUAAAUAUUUCACAGACUUACCAACAAAUCUUAUUUAUAACCUCAGUUUAGUGCAGAUUUAGUCACUAUAGCAGCAUAGUGGCACAACAAUUAAGGCUUUUGCCUCAUGGCUUCAGAGUCUAGGGUUCAUUCCUGCCUUCCGCAUACAGUCUGUGUGGAGUCUGCAUGUUGUCUCUUAUCAGCAUGAAUUUUCUCUGUGUAAUCUGGUUUCUGUUCACCGCUAAAAACAUAUAAUACUUAAAAUUGUCUUCAUGUAUACUGAAUUCCCCCUUGAUCUUAAGGCCUGCAUUGUGACUGAAAAGGGUAUGAAAUGGUCUAAAAAUAAGUUUGGUGUUAAUAGUGCUUCUAGUCCAAGAAAAUAUUACAUUAUCAUUUUAUUACAACAUAUUUUUCUUGGAAAUACUAUUAAAGAAAGAAAAUAAUUUGUUUUUAACAACUUCACAUCAUUGCAGGAAAUGGAAUUUACUGCUAAGCAUUUAUUCCACUUCCAUUUUCUGUCUGUCAUAUAUAUGUUAUCUUUUAUCUCUAGCUUAUUUAGGCUAUUUAAAGUAAAGUGGGGACAUUAUUCCAGAAACUGCAUUUUUAGUACAUCAUUUUAUGUGUGUCUAAAACAUCAGUGUUUAGUUUUUAUGUUAGCCUGGUUGUAGUAAGCUAUACCUUACCCUGGUUUAUACUACUUUUUGAUGAGAACUAAUGUGCAGCUAUUAUAUCUAAUAUCAAGAACUGUACAUGUUACUUAAAUUUGUAUUGAACAGACAGGCCACAUUUCUUUAGUAUGUUGUAAUGAUUGCUCAUGAAACAGUCUCAUGCACUAUGUCUAAACUUAAUCUUUGUGGAUUCAGUAAGUAAAACCAGCAGCAACAGUAAGAAAGCAACUGACAUAUCAAUGAUCAUAUGAAGUUGUAUGACAACACAUCAUAUUAGAACAGGAGAGGGAUAACGAGAGACUUCAUAGAACAUACAUAACCCAUGGGGAGUGCGCUCACAGAACCCAUUAGACCUUAGUCUGGUGUGUGUGUGUGUGUGUGUGUGUGUGUGU